UCAUCAACUUCCUGAUUUACCUGUCCCAAGGUGGGCAGAACUGGCCGAGUUUCUGCGUUGAAAUUGAUUCUCAAGAUGGCCAAUAUAUGAAAAGUUAUUCAUCAGGACAAAGAUAGCCUUCUUCAAUAAAGUUGCGAAUUCAUCACAAAGAGCAGACUGCAGUGUCUAUGGGCAGUGUAGGGAGAACGAGGAGGUCCUCCAUGAAGACUCAGCUGGUUAGUGCCAUCCAGCUAGAGGAAGUGGAGAUGGAGAUCAAUAACCAUCACCAAGAGGUCAACAGCCCUUACCAAGAGGUCAACAGCCCUUACCAAGAGGUCAACAGCCCUUACCAAGAGGUCAACAGCCCUUACCAAGAGGUCAACAACCCACACCAAGAGGUCAAAGAGCCGCAGACGUACAGUGUGGAGGAAGCGGUGGAGACCAUCGGCUUUGGUCGCUUCCAUGUUCUGUUGUUCAUCAUCAUGGGCAGUGCCAGCAUAGCGGAGGCCAUGGAGAUCAUGUUGCUGGCCGUGGUGUCUCCUGAGAUCCGCUGUGAAUGGCAUCUGGAYGACUGGGAGGUGGCUCUGGUCUCCACGAUGGUGUUUGCAGGGUUCAUGGUGUGUGGAGUGCUGAGUGGAUACGUGGCCGAUAGAUAUGGACGCUGGAAAGUGGUGUUUGGGGGUUCUUUGUGGGCAGCGUAUUUCUCCCUGCUCACCUCCUUCUCUCCAUCCUACGGAUGGUUCAUCUUCCUUCGCCUAAUGGUGGGCUGUGGCGUGGCCGGGUGCUCCCAGGGGUUUGUCCUAAAGACCGAGUUUAUCCCUGCUAGCUACAGAUCCUACCUGCUACCUCUCGCCUCAAUCUUCUGGAUGGUCGGCUCCAUGCUCAUCAUCGUGCUGGGUAUGACUGUGGUUCCAACGCUGGGCUGGCGUUGGAUGAUCCGCCUGUCCGUCAUCCCCAGUGUCAUCCUCCUCCUUCUCUUUCAGCUUAUCCCGGAGUCGGCUCGCUACAACGUGUCAGCAGGGAAUGUGCAGGCUGCCGUGGAAACACUCCAGCGUAUCGCCAGGAUGAACAGGGCCUCCAUGCCACCAGGGAGGCUCGUGGAACCUGUGGUGAAAGACAGGGGCAGUUGGCGCCUCCUGGUCAGUCCAGCAUUCAGGAGGACCUCCCUACUACUGUGGUACUCAUGGUUUGUGGCGUCCUUCUCCUACUAUGGCUCUGUGUUGAGCAGCUCUGAGCUGCUGGAGAAGACCCUGCUGUGUGUGACGGACGCUGACGCAGAGCACCAGCAGAAACACAGCCACCCAGAGGACGGGCUGUGCUACUGCAUCCCCUUCGGCUUUAGCGACUACCAGACCCUCCUCAUCAGCUGUCUAGGGGAGGUUGCCCUCAUCCCUCUGAAUAUAUUCCUGUUGAACGUGUUUGGGAGGAAGUGGAGCAUGGUUCUGCUGGAGCUCAUGGCAGCUCUGUUCUUCAUGCUGGUCAACAUCUGCUCUACUAUGUUUGGUUUUACCAUUUUGUUGUUCUUGAUCAGGUCUCUGGUCUCCAUGAAUUUCAAUGUGGUUUAUAUUUAUACUGCGGAGGUGUACCCGACUGCAGUGCGUUCUCUCGGGAUGGGUUUCUGCACUUCUUUUAGCCGCAUCGGAGGCAUGAUCGCCCCCUUCAUAGCACAGGUGUUGAUGUCACACUCAGUGAUUUUAGCUCUGCUGCCAUUUACUGUGGCCUGUGUGCUUUGCGCUGUUGGAUCCUUUCUACUGCCUAUCGAGACAAAGGGACGAGCACUACUGCAAAGUUCCUGACUGUGUGCAUGUGAUUCUCAACACGUUCAUGUCAUUGUAUAUUUACGCAUUAAAAGUUGUAUGCUUUGA